UUCCUUCAUAAAACGAUUGAUGGCAUCUGUGGCCGUGCGUAUCCUCGAUACCAGGACUAUGGCAAUGUGUGGAGCUUGUCGGAGUGGAUGGAGGUUUUAGAAGAAACAGUGACCUAUUUCAAAACUGCAGUUGGCAAAAACAUAUCUGAUGAAGAGGCUGCUCAGCAGAUAAUUGAGUUAAAUUCAGACUGUCAAGAAGCAAUCACAAAAUGCCUUUUUUUUUUUGCCCUAGUGGAAAAAGUAAAUGCAAUCUCUUCUGCUCAGCUGCAGGAUUUUGACUGGCAGUUAAAGCUUGCUCUCUCCAGUGAUAAGAUCUCCAUGCUGCAAAUGCCACUCCUCAAUCUUGAUUUGGAUGUGAGAGAAAAUGGUGAAAUUAAGCCGAUUUCUAUAGAGAUGAAUAAGGAAGAGCUGCAGAACCUAAUAAAUGCACUGGAAGCUGCUAAUAAGGUUGUCUUACAACUGAAAUGAUGGAAAUUCAGAUCAUCAACAGUAUCUGCUGGUGAUGGCUCCUCAGUUGAACUGAGGCAAAAAAAAGUAUUUUCUGCAAAGCAAAAUGUCUUUGGUGCUGUCAAACACUGAAGUGAGAAGACAAUUGCGACUUGUGACCAAAUAAACUACUAAUGCUUCAACAGAAUAAUAAAGUCUUGUAUCUGACCAAAAGAAAUGCAAAUCCAAUGUACAAUUGCUUUUAAUACUAAAGAUUUAUAGACCUUUGGAAAAAUAUCAGGACAUGUGCCAUGUUUGUUUUGGUUAAACUUGGCAGUGACUGUACAGGUGCCUAGUAAAACUAAGGUGUCUUACUUGCAUAAUAUGUUAUCCUUGUCUAAAGUACCAUGAUAAUAAAGACCAUGAGAGAGUAUUUGUAGCAUUAAUGUAUUUAUACUUGUAAAUAUGGUAAAUAAACACUUGACUUUG